AUGCCAAUAUCCUUUACACCAUCCAUUUGGCUUAUAUAUUACUCUUAUACUGUUGGAACAAUUUCUUUUGUACUAAAUUUUCUAGUAAUAUUUCUAAUUAUUUUCAAAAGCUAUAAAGUUGACAGCUUUCAAUAUUAUCUUCUAGGUUUUCAGAUCUCGUGUACAAAUUACGUGCUUCAACUGACAAUUCUCUCCCAACCAAUGAUCUAUUUCCCGAUUCUCGCAGGACAUUGUGAAGGGCUCUUGGCGUCUUAUUUUGGAAUUUGGUCGCACUAUUUGAUUGGUCUAAUUAUUUCGUCAGCAAUCGUCGAAGCACAGUUUCUCAUCGGUUGCGUGGUGUUCAAGCAUCAGGCGAUUGCACAAGUUUUGAACAAGCAUGUUGUAUCGAAAAAGAUACGACUUCUACGUAAAAGUUCCUAUGUUUUCGUCCCCGGCUCCGCAUUUUUGACAUUCUUGCAAGGAAGUACCAGAAGAGAAAAAUUUAUUGAAUCUCGAUAUCCAAAAUAUCUAUCUGAAUUCAAAAAUCUCUCCAACUUUGCAAUAUACCAGUUCAAUAUUUGGCACGUGUUUCUAGCAGGAAUUGGAAUAGUUGGAGGAAUAUUUUGUGCAGUAACUGGAGUUUAUACUACAGUGGAUAUUUUCAAAAUGUUACAAGAGGUGCAGACAAAAGUCUCCAGUUCAAGCUUUCAACGCAAUCAAUCUGCAAUUCGUAGCUUGGUAUCUCAAAUGUUGGCUUCUCUCAUGUUUUUUGUUCCCUUGUUCUUUUUUGUGAUGCUAAUCAUGUCUGACAUGGAUAAUGGGCAGUUUAUUGGAGAAUUUCUACAAUCAAUUUGUGCGUUGCAAUCUAUUGUGAACGCGGUGGUGUUAAUAUUCACAACGCCCUGUUAUAGAAGUUUCGUUCUACAGCAGCUUCCUCAAUUUCGAAUUCCUGAGGCUUCACCAACUAAUGCAAACCUUCGAAUCCAGACGAUUGGUAUUUCUGCGUCUCCAGGAAUAAUUGCACCGGUGUGA